AUGGAAAAUCAAACGGUGAUAAAAGAGUUUAUCCUCUUGGGACUCUCCAGUGAUCCACAUCUUCAAGUUGUUCUCUUCCUGAUCUUUCUCAUAAUUUAUGCUGUGACAUUGUUAGGAAACUCUGCAAUCAUGCUGGUGAUCAGGACUGAGGUGAGCCUUCACACACCCAUGUUCUUCUUUCUGAGUCAUUUGGCCUUUGUCGACAUCUGCUAUUCAACUGUCACAGUCCCCAAGAUGCUGGAAAACACUAUAGCAAUGAGUAAAACGAUUUCCCGGGAAGCAUGCACUGCACAGAUCUUCUUCUUUUUCCAGGCUGCUUGCGCUGAAGUCUUCAUCCUGUCAGCUAUGGCAUAUGAUCGCUAUGUUGCGAUAUGUAAACCUCUGCAUUAUAUGACAAUCAUGAAAAAAGCAAUCUGCAAGCAACUUGUGGGGGGAGCCUGGGCAAUGGGUUUGUUGUAUGCUGUGGUGAAUACAUUUCCAUUGGAAACUCUUCAUUUUUGUAGGAACAACACAAUCAGCCACUAUAGCUGUGAACUUCCUUCAGUCUUGUCUUUGUCUUGCACGCCAACCCUCACCAAUUACAUUGUUCUCCUCAUCUCUGUGUUGUUCUUUGGUGCAGGCUCUUUCUGCCUCACCCUCAUCUCUUACAUUUACAUCAUUUCCACCAUCCUGAAGAUUUCUUCAGCAGAAGGCAGGAGCAAAGCCUUCUCCACCUGCAGAUCCCACCUCAUCGUAGUUGGCUUAUUUUAUGUUACAGCAUUUUUCCGGUACCUGAAACCAAAUUCAGAUUUGCUCGUGGAUCUGGACAAAGUGAUUUCUAUUCAGUAUAGCAUCUUAACACCCAUGUUAAAUCCCAUUAUAUACAGUCUGAGAAACAAAGAAAUCAAAGUUGCUCUGGGAAAAAUGUUUGGAAAGCGAAUAUUUCUUCAGUAA